AUGGACCGCCAAGAGUUGGCUCUGGUUGAAGACCCAAGCUCGGAAUUAAUUGAAUUUGGCCAUUUAGGAGAGGACCAAGAGAGAACACCAGCUCAUACCUACCCAGAACCGGAUCGCGGCAAACAUGCGUGGCUUUUUCUUUGGGUUGGCUGUUUUCUGAUGAUCGCGCUGACAUGGGGAUUUCCUUUCUCAUACGGCGUCUUCCAGAGUUACUUGUCCUCUCACCCGCCCUUUUCUGACCAUCCCGAGGGAUUGCCUGCAGUUGGUACCACUGCGCUGGGAAUCCUAUACUUGACGUCGCCUCUGUCUUUUAUCAUCCUGCAGCGAUAUCAAGCAUACAGGCGGCCGGCCCUCGUUGCUGGAUCGGCUGUCACGUGUCUCGCUAUACUUGCGUCCGCGUUUGCUUCCGAGGUUUGGCAUUUACUUCUGACGCAGGGCAUCUUGUACGGACUCGGAGCUAGCGUUGUGAAUACGGUGACGAUACAGUUCCUGAACGAGUGGUUUAUCGAGCGCAAAGGCCUCGCCUUUGGAAUCCAGGAGAGUGGCGCGGGCAUGGGUGGGAUCAUCGUUCCCGUGCUGAUGACAUGGGGCCUCGAGAAGUACGGACACCGGGCUAUGUUGAUUGCUUGGUUCAUCGCCGUCACUACGCUAUCUAUCCCAUCAAUUUACUUCCUUCGGCCGCGAGUCAAGCCACCACGUAUCCCUGUGUCUUCUGGGUUCGGAACUUUGGGAUUCAUUAUUACGCCGAUAUUCGCUAUACUUCAAGCCGGUAAUAUUUUCCAGGCCCUCGGGAACUUCUUGCCUGGUAUUCACCUGCCGUCAUUCGCCCAGCGCUUUGGCGCAUCACCAUUGGAUGCGGCUGGCAUGCUGUCGCUCUACAACGCUGCCACGGUUAUCGGUGCCAUUGGCACAGGAUACUUAGUUGACCGUUACCACGUCUCCAUAUCGCUACUCAUUCUGUCUCUAGGUGCCGCCAUUACCGUCUUCUUCGCCUGGGGGUUCGCAGCUAACUUUGGGGCUCUGUGCGCCUUUGCUUUCUUCUAUGGCGUUUUCGCUGGCGGCUGGAGCUCAACGUGGGUCGGCAUAGGUCUUGAGAUACAGAAGCGAGCUCCCCGUGCCGAUUUAGGCGUAUUGUGGGGAUUUGCCGCCGCGGCGAGAGGUGUUGGUAGCAUUGUAAGCGGGCCUAUAAGUGAGGUGCUGAUAGCUAAUGGUACAGAUAAAACGCUCUGGUGGCCACGGAGUUAUGGGACGAGCUAUGGUAUAUUGAUUCUAUUUAAUGGGAUAAUGCUAACACUGGGCGGCGUUGGUUGCGCAGCUCGAGCAUACGAGAUCUUUAAGAGGAUAGGCCAUCGACACAAUGAAUAG